UUCCCCUGCUCUCGUUGACAAUGAUGUCGUGUCUUCCUCAAUCUUCUCCCCGUUGAAUAUUUCGACCAGACCUCGACCUAUAACUGAAGCUGACAUUAUGACGGAAGUCGACACUCUCUUUGGCCAGUUGAUGGCAGAAUUGCGACUACUUUCUCCUUCAAGUUUUAAUGUAUACUCUGUCCUCCUCUUCAAGAAGGCAGACUUGGGUGGGGUUUCUCGCCCGAGAGAAAUAUUGGAAAAGCUGUUGGGCUCGGAAGAACAGACUCAGUUGGAGGCUUAUCACGGGAAAGGCGUGGAAGCCAGUGAUGGCGGAAUAAAUAGGACUCAUUAUGUCAACCCAGAUUUUGACACCAUUUUGAAGGAAUUGAAGUCUGGAGAGAAAAUAGCACUUCAAGUUGCUCGAACACGGUGCACCUCUCGUGAAGAUGCAGAGGAGAAGGAAGCUUUCCUUCAGUAUGAAACAGGUGUCGUGAAUCGGAAGAAACCGCAUGGAAUAGUUCGUAUCGUUCCACUAAAUAUCAGAACGGAGUGGGCAGCGUGGAGACGGCUACCUGACCAUGUCAAGAGAAUUGCUCAAGAAAGUGGAGAGAGAGGUAUUCUGCCUUUCUCCUUCGGAUCAGCAGCAGAGGAUCCACUCUGGAAGGAUGGAGACUUUGAAUUUCCAAUCAAUUUGCGGCGUCAGUUGUCUAAGUCUGAACUGAAAGUGGUUAAUACACCCUUUCAAUAAUCAAUAAUGUCACAAUAUAUUAUGUUGUGAUCAUGAAUUAGUAGUCGUUUGUUAUAUUUUUUUGGAAGUUUUUUACCGGUUUAGAUUGUCAAUAAAAAAGUA